UAAAGCUCAGACCUUUAUCCCAUUCCCCUCUCAAACUCUAGGGUUUUUCCUCAAUGGAAAACUCCAUAGCCUCAGAUUUAGAGCUAGCAGAAACCAAGCAGAGCAAUCUGGGUCGUGUCUAUGAUAUCUUAAACGCACAAGCUUCCUCCUUUACGGUCCUAGGUCCCCAGUGGAAGGACCUAGAAGACCACCUGGACUCAACUCGUGCCAAACUCCAGACCCGGUUCCAGGAGCUCCUAGCCCGCGAGGCCCAAAUCGGAAAGGUGGAGUCUUUGGAGGAGGAUAAGGCCAAGAGGCUCAGGGAGGUGGUGAGGAAGAAACAGAAGGAGUUGGAGUGCUGUGAGAGUCACUUGAGCUCUGUUAAGGUUUUGAUUGAGGAGAACAAUGAGGAGCUUGAAGUGAAGGAGAGGAGGUUUGAGGAGAUUGAGAGGUUGUUGAAGGAGAGGGAGAGGGGUUUGGGGGAGAGGAGGGAGAGAUUGAGAGUGUUGGAUUGUCGAGUCGAGAAGAUGGAGAGGGAGGUGAGGAGGGUGCAGGGAGUGUUGGAUAAGUACUGUGUGGAUGUGAAGAGGAGGAGGAAGGAGUGUGUCAGUAGAGAGAAGGAGGUGAAGGAGAUGAAGAGGGAGAUUGAGAGGUGUGAUAAGGAUUUGAGGUUGAAGUGGGGGGAAAUGGAGGCGAUUCAGGAGGCGGUGUUGGCGUAUUCGGAGAGGAUUAGAGUGAAGGAGGAGGUGAUUAGGGAGAUGGAGGUGAAGGUUGAGGAGUUUGGGGUGGUUAAGAAGGAAAUGAAGGAGUGGUGUUGUAGUGUUGAAGUGAAGAAGAGGGAAAUGGAAGAGUGGGUGGAGAGGGUUGAGAAGAGAGAGCGGGGAUUGGGGAAGAGAGCUGAGGAGAUUGAUUUGAUUGAGAAGAGGGUGAAUGAGUGUUUGAGUGAGGGGCAGUUGAAAUUGGAGAGGGAUUUUCAUGCGGUUGAGGAGUUGAGGCAGGAGAAUGUGAGGCAUUUUGAGUUGCUUGAGAAAUCGGUGCAGGAGCGUUUACAUGAGGUUGAAGUGAGAGAAAGAAGGAUGGAAGAGAAGGCGAAAGAGCUUGAAUUGAAAGAGAAACAGUUGGAUUCUAUUCCAAAAGUGAAUGGGGAAAAAAUGAAAUUGAAGGGGAAGGGCAGUAUCAUUCAUCCUCUGGUGAAGGUUCAACCAUUGGAACAUGACCCUGCAAACAAUGUUUUCGUUCCUUCGAAUGCAAGUAAUGCUAGAGGGUUGCAGUCGAUCAUGAGUGAGCAUUUGAAGAGAAUUGAUUUAAUGAGUAGAGAAAUGACUGCUCUUCUUCAGGCUUCGACAGACCCAGCAGCAUUGGUUCUUGAUGCAAUGGAGGGAUUUUACCCUACAAAUUCAACUGUGAACAGCAAGGAGCUUGAUUCGGACCUAAGAGUUAUUAGAAGGAGUUGUAUUGUAUUGCUACAAGAGUUAAAGAGAUUCUCGCCUCUAAUUAAUGCUCAGAUCAGAGAGAAGGCAAUGAAGUUAGCAUGUAAGUGGAAGGCUAAGUUGAUGGCCACUAUCGAGGAUAGAUUGGAGGUUUUGGGCUUCUUGUGGCUUGUUACUACGUAUAAAUUGAUGUCCAUGUAUGAUCUGAAGGAGCUUCAGAGUCUUCUUUCUAUAGUGGUUCAGCCUGGACAAGCAACUGAUUUAUUCCAGGCCCUUGGUGUCUCAGAUAUGACAUAUGCGAGCAACAUAAUUUCUUUGCCAGUUAUAAUUGAGGAACUGGAUUCUUCAGUGGUCGAAUGUGCAGACCCCUUUUCAUCUCCAAAUCUUCAACUAAAUGCAACCAAGGAAUCAACAAAGUUUCAGGGGUUCAUAGUUGAGCGUUUGAGUGAGAAUAAUUCAAUACAUGAAAAAAUGUUAGCCACUCUUCAAGUGACAUCAGACCCAGCCCAAAGUGUAUUGGAAAUGAUUAAAAGCUCUUUUGGUCAGUGUUGGAGAGAACGAGGUUUUUGUUCAGAACUAACUGUCAUGAAGAGUUACGUUUACCUACUGGAGACACUAAUGAGAGUGUCAAAGCACAUCAGACCUCAUGUGAAAGAAGAUGCAAGAAAGCUGGCAGUGCAGUGGAAAGCUAGAAUGAGAGCCGAUGCUGGCAACUCUUUAGAGAUUUUGCUAUUUUUGCAGUUCAUAGCUACAUAUGAAUUGCUCUCUACCAUAGAUGGUGGUGACAUUGUCAACCUCCUUGGGGUGAUUUCUCGGCACAGACAGGCUCUAGAACUAUGUCAGACAGUUGGUUUUGCAGAUAAAAUUCCUGGUUUUAUUCAAAAUCUUAUUGAGAGGAAGCAGCUAAUUGGUGCUGUUAGAUGCAUUUGCAGCUUCAAGUUAAUUGACAAGUUCCCGGCCGUACAACUCUUGAAAGAUCAUGUGGAUGAUGCAAGAAAGCAUGCCAGAGAAAUUUGCAUAAACAAGUUAUCAUUUAGUGAAACGGAGAAGGUUGUAGAUGGUCUAGUAGGUGAUUUAAGAGCUGUACAUCAAUGCAUCAAAGACUACAAUCUUGAAUCUGAAUUUCCAUCUGGAGACAUCGAAGUAGAAGUGGUUCAGCUGGGAAGACUGAAGGAGCAUUACAGAAGUUUGGCACCAUCCCUUGCCUCCACGGUUGAUCAACAAGAUCAGAGGAAAAGAAAGAGAGUCAAGAGACCAAACACCAGCACUUCUGCCCCCUUUUUCAUACCACAACAGCUUGAACAAAGCAAUCAUCAGAAUGCUGUAUCCACUGCUAUACCCUAUGCAUUGCCUAUUUCCACUUCAAUAUACUCAGAGUCAAGUUCAUCAUCUAGGCUGUACGCAAAUUAUGGACUCCCGGGACAGUUUGGUAUGGCGGCCAACGACCAUGCAAAUGUUGAGAAUACUGAAGUUGGCUUGAUGCUAAGUUUGAAAGGCCAAUAUCUAUCGCAUUCCAGAAAUCCAGUCGCAGUGCACAGUGCUGAUCAUCACUAUUCUAAUAUAGUCAUCCUUGAAUGAUCCAUAAACUGAUAGGAGGCCACAGGUUUAGGCAGGUAACAGGCUAGGCUCUAGUUUUAUCCGUAUUUGUGUUUAAUGGCACGACUUUUCUAAUUGCAUCACCAUUAUCUAGUAGAAGUCUAAAGUCUUAACUGAUCA